GACUAUUCUCGUGGAUACUCCGAUCGCCGCAGCGGACGGUGACCGGCUGCUGGUUUGUCUGCUGCUGGUGCUGGCGCGCGACGCCACUGUCGGCGAGCCUGACGCUCACGGCCAUCCUGCACCUGGACCUGACGGACGCAGUGGGCGAAUUAUGGACGCAGUCAAAUUCUUCCACGUCAUGUUCCCGUUCAUGGAUGCUUCCCGCUCAGACCGCGCCAUUUACUACGAGCCACCUGAAGAUCAAAAGGUCCUGCUCACAGACUUCGAGCGAGAACUGAUUGACUACCACAUGUACUUCAACCACUUCGUUGUUGUCCCUCGUGGCGUUCUACAGCUGAAAUAUCUGCAUGCGCUGUUAGCCCGUGGUGCCGCGGUUCGUUGCGAGCAGCUCGAUUGCCCGAUCGACGCUGUCCUGCCGAUGGUCGAAGGUGGACGCGCGGAAAAGGGCAAGGCCAACUUGAUCUUGUUGAAAGCGGUCACUUCGAGCGACGGACGGCCAGCAGAAGAGGUGUUCCGUGCUAUGGAUCCCUAUGCCCUCGAUAUCUGGGCUCCCGACUACGCGCCAAACAAGCCGCUUAUCCGCAUCGUGUUUGCCUUUGACGUGCCUCGGGAAGACAGUUGUUUCCGUAUCGCGAAGAAGGAGAAUGUCGAUGACCAGCAGAGGAUGUUCGUCUCGUAUGACAUCUGGAUCGCGGGCCUGUCUCCAGCUCUUCUCGGCUCCGUGAACCCCGAUACGGCACAGGAGAUGCGAGAGAUAUUGCUCCUGUGUAGAGCGCAGAGGACCCGCCUUUUCCCGGACCCGCAUAGCCGCGAUCGGGUGCCAGUCAUGUUGCAGUCAUUCUCCUUGCGUGCCGGUGGGGGUGCACGGUAUCAGCAUUGGCAGGGUUGGACGGAGGACAUGCUGUAGAGGGUUCGUUCGAUACUUCUGGGAUUUGCCGUGGAAAUGAUGGAGAGGGGGCGUGAGCGUGUUCGCGCCGCAGGUUUUCUUGAGACAGUCGUACCAUCGCAGCUAUGUCAUUAUGCAUAUACUGAGAUUUGGAACGUCGAUGUGAGGCGGGCGAUGUUUCGUAGCCAGGUCAAAAGCUUCUAUCAGCAUCGUUCACGCACUGACAAUCCGACAUGUCCGUCUGGC